AGUAGUAGCACGUCGAACUAGCAGUGAAAUAGUUCACAAAAAUUUUUCUCGACUAGAGUUUCUUUUUAUCAUUAUUUCUUUGUGUCAUCUAAAUUAUUUAAUCAGUCAAGAUACGAACACAAAAUCAUCUGGCUGGGAUUUGGAAGUGAUUAUGAUCAUCAGGAGGACCUUGAUCGUUUCGAUCGUUAUUUUCCUCAUUCAUGAUACCGAGGAAGCUCGAAAGAGCGGUGGUCGUAAAAGCGGAUGGGGUUGGGGAUCACAUUCGUCCGUAAGGACAACACCGCGACCACAGCAAAGUAGACCUCAAAAUACUCGAUCUGGCUCAACUCCAGAUAAAAUAGGAUGGAAUGUUCCACAAACUAACAACAGACAAACCAGCAGCAAUACGGCGUCAAAGCCGUCUGCUCCAUCUUUAGAUCAAAAUGUUGCUUCCAAAACUAGUGCAACUAAUUUGCAAUCAGGAUACAAUCCAUCAGGUGGAUAUCCUCGUCAAGGUCAACAAUUUGGUUCCCAGCAAAGUCCACCCAAUCCUUAUAAUGCUGGACACAAUCCAUCAGCUGGUCAAGGUUAUAAUCCUUCGGUCGGCGGCUAUAACUCUGGUUAUAACCCUGGCUAUAAUCAUGGCUAUCCAGGUCAAGGCCAAUCUUACAAUUCACCUAAUAUGGGACAACCUUAUAAUCCAAUGGGUCAUGGGUACAAUCCAUCGCACAAUCAACCUUUUAAUCCAUCUUAUGGUCAAUCCUAUAAUCCAUCGUUCGGACAAGCGCCACAACAAACUAUUCUCUUGCCAUCCUCGCAACCGUAUAAACCAGGUAUCGGGCAAAUCGCCAAGGAAGCUUUUGUCUUCGCUGGAGUUAGUGCAGGUGUAAAUGCAGCCGUGAGCAGAAUUCUUCCAGGAGGAAUUUAUGGGCAUAGUGGUGGUGGAGGUGGUGGUAGUAGUAGUGGAGUUGUUCCUGCUACUUCUCAUACUCAAAUUACAUAUAAUAAUUAUUAUAACAAUCAAUCUAUUCCGACCCAAACCGCGGGAGAGGCUCAACCCGCUGCAAGUCCUCCUGCAGCAAGUCCUCCUGCUGAAAAUGCAGCUUCUGUACCAUCGGCAGAUCCCUCUGCUGUUAAGCCAUUACAAAACACUGAAACUAAUGCAAAUAAUAAUGCUUCUCCUCCUGGAACUGAUGGUAAAUCCAGUAGUCAAAAUACUCCGGAAUCUAGUAAUAAUCCUAAUCCACUUGGUUUUGUAACUCCUAAUGAGGAUAUUAAAAAAUUGUCGGAGGAAUUGUUUAGUCAAGAUGUAAAUAAUGCAUUCAAGCAUAUUACCAUUAAACUACAAGGUCAAAAGAAGGACGACAGUGUUACCGAUGACGCAAGUGAUCCAUUGUUGGAUGUGAAGCCAGAAGCUUACGAAAUAUCAACGAUCAAAUCUGUUAUCGAUCUUCAUAAUAAUUAUGAAAUGGAUGUUAAAGUGAAAGAAAAUCUUACGCCUGAGAAACGCGAAAAAGAAUCUCAGUUACUCGACAACUUUUUAAAGACGGAUGUCCUUCAAAACGCAAUGAAAUUCUUAGCUAGCAAAGGAUAUAUACCCGAUGAUCCAUAUGAAUUCAAGGACACGUUAAAACGCAUAUGGUUCUCACAAUUCAAACGAAUAGAUGGAGAUGCGUCGAGUUCCGGCUUUGAAACAGUUUACUUAGCAGAACAAUUUGACUCUGAUAUAAUUGGUUUACAUAAUUGGAUCUAUUAUGCCAAGCAAGAGGCUGAGAAAAAGAUCGAUUAUCUUGGAUAUAUUAAAGAACUAACAUUUGGGGACAAGGCAGCUAUAGUCAAAGUACGUUCUAAAUUAAAUGGUUUUGUUCAACCAGUGACUUCUCUUUUUGUUGGCACAUCACCAGAGUUAGAGAUGGCACUUUAUACGGUUUGUUUCUUUGCUCGUCCAAAUAUCGCUUGUCCUAUGUCUUUUGGUGGAACUGAUUUCGUAAUAAUUGCAAACAGAGUUAAUUACUUUGGUAAAGAUAUACUGGUCUCUGCAUAUCCAGAAAUAUAAUCUAUAUUACUCUUUAUUAAUAUUGCACAUUUAUAUUAUCAAAAAUAAUCUUUUUUUUUUUUUUUUUUAAUAAUCUCCUAUUUCUAUAUUAUAUUUCAUAUCCCUAAUUCUGCAGGGAUGUGAAAAAAACUGCUUUUUAGAAAUUGUUCUAAAUAGAUGUCAACAUUUAUAAUAAAUACUUGUAUAAUCAAAUAAAGUAAUUAUGAGAAAACAUA